GAAAAAGCGGACGUAUAAAAUCCGCCUCGACAUUUGGCCGCAUUAAUCGUUACUUACAACUUCAGGUGACAAUGGUUCGUGGAAUGCUGGUCGCCAUCGCCGUAGUUCUUAUGGCCGUUAUCGCAAGUGUACAAUGUGAAAAAGAGGAUGACGACAGGCUUGAAAUGGUAGACGACGUAUUUCCCCCAUCGGAAGUACGAGCGGAUAACAGGUAUCAGCGGGUGUACGAUUUAUUAUCGAGAUCAAACGCUCGCCAUUAUAGCAACAGGCAACCAUUUGAAGAGUCCGAAUUGCCAGAAGAUGUCGAAAUCCCUAGACCUCAACGUCGGUUCUUAAUGCAUUCAUGGGCCUGCGUUUUUUGUCGUGCAGCGAUUGCUAACAAUUAUUAGUUACAGUCUUAGAAGUGAAAUUCAAAAUUUGUAUAAAUGUUUGAGCCCUUGCACUUACAUGUUUCAAAUUUGCAGCAUUUUCUACUUACAAAAUUGGUUUGCCAGACUACAAUUAUGUGCAAGGUGCGUGGUGGUGAAACAAAAAAGCCAGUUGCGAUACAAAAGUAAACAUUCGAAGGCCUACAUUUUUAAGGUAUUUGACAUGAUGUUAAAUUUCAAUAUCAAUAUGCCUAUCACCCCCAGAUAGGUUUGACCGUCAUGCACAUUGCACAGUGUCAAAAGUAAAUAAAUAUGCACUAUGACUGGCUGAAUGUCCAAAAAAUAAAAGUUUUCAAAAAUAUUUACGAAA